CAGGACACGAGUUUCAGCACUAAGCACUAACCAAAGCGGAGUAUUCCAAUUCCGCUUUUCACAGACAUCAAGAAUGGCCAGAAAUUCUUGUGUCUGCUAUUCUGGCUAGUAACAUAUAAUUAGAAUUGUUACGUUUUAUAAUUUUGAUUUGAAUGAAUGAAUGAAUAUUGGAUGCUUCAGUUACAAGCAUAUAGUAUGGAUUAUUUGAUUUUAUAAUAUGAAUGAAAAUUGAUGGUCCACCAUCCUUAUAAGAGACAUGAAUGUACUACUGUUUAUUAACCCCAUUCUCACACAAAAUGAACCUUCCCUAUUUUAAUUUAAUUUAACCCGUUCCAAUUUUACUAUGAUAUUAAAUGAUUAAAUUAGUAUAAGGAGGGUCAUUGACUAAGACUUAUUUUGAUGGGUCCAUACUCCAUAGUCCAUGGUCCUCUUAAUCUCUUAUAUUAUUUAUUUCAACUCCUUUUCUUAGCUGCCACUUUCAUUUUCUUUCCCUUCACUUCAUUCAUAGUGGAAGAAUAAUAAUGGGAAGACACUCUUGCUGUUACAAGCAGAAGCUUCGGAAGGGUCUAUGGUCUCCUGAAGAGGAUGAAAAGCUUCUGAGGCAUAUCACUAAGUACGGUCAUGGAUGUUGGAGCUCUGUUCCUAAGCAAGCAGGUUUGCAGAGGUGUGGUAAGAGUUGCAGGCUUAGGUGGAUCAAUUACUUAAGGCCUGAUUUAAAGAGAGGUACAUUUUCUCAGGAGGAAGAAAAUCUCAUCAUUGAACUUCAUGCUGUGUUAGGGAAUAGAUGGUCUCAGAUUGCGGCGCAGCUUCCGGGGAGGACAGACAAUGAAAUCAAGAAUCUGUGGAAUUCAUGCUUGAAGAAGAAGCUGAGGCAAAGAGGCAUAGACCCUGUUACACACAAGCCAUUAUCUGAAUUGUCAGAGGAGAAGAGCCAGAUACAAGAGAAAGCAUUGUCCAAUGAUAAUGAAUUGAACUUGUUGAGAUCAGAGAGUUCCAAUAAGUCUGAUGGAGCUUCUUCCUAUGAUCAUCAACAACAACAACAACAACAACAACAACAAGGAUUUGUUCCAACAUCAGAGAUGGAAGGUUCUUCUUCCACUAACAAGGACAUUUUCCUUGACACUACAACAAGGUUCAUGGCUAACACUUGCUCAGAUUUUAUGGGCAACUACAACAUGAGUUAUGCAUCAUCAUCUUCCAAUGUCACUGUCACCGACAACAAUUGGUUCACACAAACAUCAAGGCCUUCUUUUGAUAUCAACUCAGAUUUCACCUCAUCAUCAUCAUUCCUACCUGGUUCCUUUUGCUACAAGCCAGAAUCUCUCAAGAACACCAACAUGCUUUCUUCUUCUUCUUCUUCAUGGGGAUUGAUCACAGAUUGCAGCAUGGAAGAAGCAGAAGAGGCAAAGUGGUCUGAGUAUCUUCACAAUCAAAUGUUGAUGCUUGCAGCUGUUCAGAACAACAACAACAACAACAACAACAACAACCAAGCUUCUUUAUGCAAUGAGAUAAAGCCUCUUCCUUCAACCACCACAGUAACAACAACACCACCACCACAUUUGGUUCCUGAUACUUUAGGGGCUAUCAUGUUACCUCAUUCCAAGAAUCAACAUCACCAUACAUCACAAACUUCUUCUACCACCACCUUUUCCAAGGAUAUCCAGAACCUAACAGCAGCCUUUGGACAUAUAUAAUCAUAUCACCCUCCUCUCCUCUUCUUAAUUUUACACAAACACACAGAAAAAGAAAAAGAAGAUUCCAUUGGGUUGGUGUUUAAUUUCUUAGUACAGGUGUGUGUGUGCAACCACAGAUUUUUGGAUUUGUACAUAGGUUCUGUCACAAAACAAAAAAAGAAAGAACAUUUCUUUCUUAUCUUUCACCCUCUUCUUCAACUUGGUAAUAUUUGUGAGCCAAAACCAAUUUGUCUUUCUUUCUUUCUUUCUUUCUUUCUUUUUUAACUUGUGGGGUGGUGUGGGUAGAAAUUUGAGGAAUAAGGAUUGCUCUGCUUCUUCUUUCUACUCUUUUGUUUUCAUACACUGUAAGUGCAUUAUUAUAUAUAUAUAUAUUACAAUGGUUCAUUUCCAUAUC